AUGAAUCUUUACGGCCAGACCGAUCCGAUCAAGGCAAAACUAUUUGUCACUACGUUGAAGGGCAAAGCUCAGGAGUGGUUCACAAGCUUAGGUAGUGGAACCAUUGAUUCUUAUGAGCAAUUAAUUCACAAGUUUUCUUUUCAUUUUGCCAGUAAAAGAAAAGCGAAGAGAUCGGCGACCCAUCUGUUCACGAUCCGACAGCGGGAGGACGAAACGCUGAAGACUUUCAUGGGGCGAUACAAUAAUGAAGUGUUGGAGGUACAAGAUUUGAGAAUUGACAUGAUGGUGAGCAUUUUAAUCCAUGGCAUGCAAAAAGGUCCUUUUGCAUCGGCGCUGGCGCGCGACCCGCCUAUGGGGACGGAGCAGUUGAUGGAGAUGGCCCAAAAGUAUAUCGAUGAGGAAGAAAUGAACGCUAUGAAGGAUAGCUAUUGGUCCAAAGAUCCUGCCAGAAUGAGGGGAGAAAGGUCGCGGGAAGGAAAACAACGAGCGGAAGGAGAUCGUAAGCGGAAAGGACCUUACGUGCCCCGAUACCAUAGAUACACUCCAUUAACAACCACCAGAGAGAAGGAUAGAGGGCAUAACACGGAAGAUUGCUACCAACUAAAAGACGAGAUCGAACGGCUAGUGAGGCAAGGGUAUUUUAAGCAUUUGAUCGACAGGAGAGCAGAGGCACGAGAUCACAGUAGAUCGCGGAGUCGUGAAAGGCUCCAAAGGGAUGAAGCAGGAGCGAGCGGAGCUCGAGACAAUGCACCCACGAAGGGUGUUAUUCACACUAUAUCUGGGGGACCCACAAGUAGGGAUUCGGCCAGAGCAAGGAAAAAAUAUGCUAGAGAAAGCAAGUGGAAGCACGGUGAGCUAAUGAUGCAUGUGGAAAAACAGGAGAACAUCGUCUUCGGGGAUGAGGAUUUGAGUUCUGAUAUGCUCGACCAGAAUGACCCUAUGGUGUUAAUUGAUAAUGGUAGCUCCGUUGACAUUAUUUUUAGUGAUGUCCUCAGGAAGAUGGAUUUGGGAGGUGUGAGACUGAAGCCUGUACGAACACCCCUGGUCGGGUUCGGAGGUAACGAGGUCAUCCCAGAAGGUGUAAUUGAGCUACCCAUGUCGCUGGGGGAGGAACCCAAGAGGAAGACAUGCAUGGUCCCAUUCCUGGUCGUCGAUAGCCCAUUCACGUAUAAUGUUGUAUUGGGACGACCAAGACUGAACAAAUUUCGAGCAGUAGUGUCCACUUUUCAUCUGAAGAUGAAGUUUCCAACACCACAGGGAAUCGGCGAGGUCACAUGCAACCAACGAACAGCUAGGCAGUGCUACAAUCUAGCUGUGAAACAGGGAGAGUCGAAGAAAGAAAAAAGGAAGGAGGAAGCAAACCGAGGAGAGGAGGCUAAGUGA